AUGGAGUCCAAUUACGAGGUAACAGUUUUUCCGUUGUUCGAAUGCGAACUCGUCUGCUUGCCUGAAACGCCCGAUUUCCGACGUACGGCCAGGCUUGCCGCCAUUGCCGAUGGUGGAUCUGCCGAUUUGAUGUCUCACACAGCACUGAAGGUGAAAACGACGUUUUGCCAGGCAGCCGAGGUCAAGGCUCAGAAUCCAGAGGAGUACUCGUUCAAAAUCCUCGUUAUUGGGGAUGCCGGAAGCGGCAAAACCAGCAUUGUAAAGCGAUACGUGCAUAACCUGUUUUCUCAGCAUUAUCAGGCAACGGUGAGUAGGCAGAUCGCAUGUUUGCUUGAUGAAUGC